CACAAGAUGGCGGAGAGUGCGGAACUAAAGCAAAUGGUGAUGAGCCUGCGGGUGUCAGAGCUGCAGGUUCUCCUGGGCUAUGCGGGCCGAAACAAACAUGGAAGAAAGCACGAGCUCCUGACUAAAGCCUUACAUCUUCUUAAAGCCGGCUGCAGCCCCGCCGUCCAGAUGAAGAUCAAGGAGCUCUACAGACGACGCUUUCCCACCAAGCUGGUGUCUCCAGCAGAACUAGCCCUACCUGGAGUUCACCCUGCUGCUGCAUCUUUGCCUCCCGGCCUCACACAGCUGGGGUUUGAUGGUCACGGUGCACCUCCGUCUCCUCUGCUGCCCAUAUCCCUACUCGGGCCCAAACAUGAGCUGGGCCUGCCCCAUCUACCCAGCAACAUGCACCCUGUUCAUCCUGAUGUCAAACUGCAGCGGCUACCCUUCUACGACCUUCUGGACGAGCUUAUUAAACCUACCAGUCUAGCUUCAGAUAAUAGCCAGAGGUUUCAGGAAACAUGUUUUGCAUUUGCUUUGACGCCACAGCAGGUCCAACAAGUCAGCAGCUCAAUGGACAUAUCGGGGACCAAAUGUGACUUUACAGUGCAAGUACAGUUACGAUUUUGUUUAUCAGAGACAAGCUGCCCUCAGGAGGACCACUUUCCCCCUAACCUUUGUGUAAAAGUCAAUGGGAAACCAUGUAAUCUCCCAGGUUAUCUGCCUCCUACCAAAAAUGGCGUGGAACCAAAAAGGCCCAGCAGACCCAUCAACAUUACCUCACUGAUCAGACUAUCCACAACUGUUCCCAACACAAUUGUAGUGUCUUGGACCUCAGAAAUUGGACGGAGUUACUCUCUGGCGGUGUACCUGGUCAAACAGCUGUCAUCUACAAUGCUGUUGCAGAGGUUACGGGGUAAAGGCAUCAGAAACCCAGAUCACUCCAGAGCGCUCAUAAAGGAAAAACUAACAGCAGAUCCUGACAGUGAAAUAGCAACCACAAGCUUAAGAGUUUCAUUAUUAUGUCCGCUGGGGAAGAUGCGGCUAAUGAUUCCAUGCCGAGCGUUGACGUGUUCACACCUGCAGUGUUUUGAUGCCACCCUCUACAUCCAGAUGAAUGAAAAGAAGCCCACAUGGGUGUGUCCUGUCUGUGACAAAAAAGCACCCUAUGAACAUCUCAUCAUAGACGGGUUGUUUAUGGAGAUUCUGAACAGCUGUUUAGAUUGUGAUGAGAUUCAGUUCAAGGAAGAUGGCAGCUGGGCCCCCAUGAGGUCGAAAAAGGAAGUGCAGGAGGUGUCUGCUUCAUACAAUGGCAUCGACGGUGGGUGUCGUACAAGCGUGUUGGAGCAGAAUUCUCAAACAAAUGGCAACAGUGGAGGAGGAAACAGCAAAAAGGUGGAGGUGAUUGAUUUGACUCUAGACAGCUCAUCUGAAGAGGAGGAGGAUGAAGAACCCCUCCCGAAGAAGAGCUGUCCAUCACUGUCCAGCAUGUCUCCUCAGAUGGAUAAUGGGGUGCUGAAUCUCCACAGACAAGCAUCUCCAGUGAGUCGAACUCCCAGCAUGCCUCAGGUGGACACCAGUUACAUUCCCCCACCUCCUCCCCUCAUUCAGGACUACCGCCACUACUACUCUACACCCACUGACCUGUCAGAUCUCAACUUCUUUCCUUUUUUACAAGGGGAAAAUCAUCAGCACUACAACAUGGUGAUGGCAGCGGCUGCAUCAGCAUCUGAAGAUCAUGACCUCCUCCUGAGUCGAUUCCUCCCGUACGGCUCGUCUCAGCUCUUCCUGGAUCCUCCCUCCACCCCUGUAAACACCAGCCUCCCUCCCAUCAACGUCAACGGCGGCAGCACCGGCAACAGCCUGGUGUCCUCCAGCAGCCUGAGAGAAAGCCUCGGACACCCACCCGGCCCGCGUCCCACCUCAGAUUCAGCCCCCACUUCUGCCAUCUACGGCUCCAUCCCAGACGUCAUCUCACUAGACUGACCCAGGGCCCUAUCCUUGCACAGCAAACUGACUGAAGAGACUUCCGCUCAUUGGGAAGACAACAGGACUCACAGGAUGACUGAAGGGUGUUUUUCUAAACGAUGAUAAUCGUUGCCGUGUACAGAGAACAAAUCUAUUUUUUGUUUUACUUUUGUAUAUACCUAUCUAUCUAGCUAUCUAAUGUAUAUGUAAACUUGAAAGAGUUUUUUUUCUCUCCUUCUCAGCUUGCUAAGUUACUUUGGGUUUUAUCUGAUGCUGUUUUUCCCUCACAGCUCCGUCUCUGCCCUUUAAUGUAAUAUGAACACUUUUUAUAUCUUCUUGACCCACCAUAUUCUAUAAUCAUCUAAAUUUUUUAAUGAUUCCACAGGGCACAAUGGCUGCGAUCAGACCGUCUGACGGACUCCUGGCUCUUUUCUGUUUCCAGCAAAACUUGAUGCGUCUCUGCCAAUCCAUAUCACACGUUCCCCUAAAAUCGGAGAAUAGUUUAUGUAAUACUUUAAUAGAUAGUUCACCCAAAAAUGGCUCUUCUGUCAUCAUUUAUUAACCUGUUGUUGUUCCAAACCUUAUUGUGCAGAACCCAAAAGAACGAGUUUUUCAGUGUUAUCUCUUCAUAAUGAAAGUCAUUGGGUUCCAAGUGUUGUUUUAGUCCCCACUGAAACUUUCUUUUGUUUUACAAAUGAAAGUCAGGUUUGGAAUGAUAUGAGGGUAAGUAAGUGUGUUCACAUUUGUAGUUUGGUUCUCGUUGGUUGGUUUGGCCUGGACCAAAGUCUUAUAUUUAGUGCUGGUUUGCUUAUUGAAUCACUUUGUUUGUUUGUUUUAAAAACACUGAACCUUAACAUGCAAAGCAAACGACAACAACAAAAACAUUUUAUGUAUAUGUUGUGAAAGAAGUUUGCUAAAAAGCAUAGCUAUACAUGCUAAAUCAGCUGAGAACUUGUGAAGUGCUUGUAAAAUACCCACAGGCAAAAUGCAACAGGAAUUGGUUCAUUGCAGACAAACAAUGAUCUCCAAGGAGAAACAUGGCUGAUGCAUUUUUUAUCUGUAAUGGGCAAAAUAAUUUAGAGGAUCAUAAGAAAACAAACAACAGAAAUUCUUGAGCAUUCAGUUCUAUUUAUCCUAUCUUGUUUGUUAAGUUUCUGUUUAGUUUCCUGCUUAGCUUGUUUGUUUAGUUUCUUGUUUUGGUUUCUUGCUUAGUUUCAUGUUUGUUUAGUUUCUGUUUAGUUUCUUGUUUGUUUGGUUUCUUGUUUGUUUGGUUUCUUGUUUGUUUGGUUUCUUGUUUGUUUAGUUUCUUGUUUGUUUGGUUUCUUGUUUGUUUGGUUUCUUGUUUGUUUGGUUUCUUGUUUGUUUGGUUUCUUGUUUGUUUGUUUUCUUGUUUGUUUGGUUUCUUGUUUGAUGGUUUCUUGUUUGUUUGGUUUCUUGUUUGUUUGGUUUCUUGUUUAGUUUCUUGUUUAUUUAGUUUCUUGUUUGUUUAGUUUCUUGUUUGUUUAGUUUCUUGCUUAGCUUCUUGU